AUGUCGAAACCUUCGAUUCUUGAAAAAAUCUACGCUCAACGCGCGAAAGAUGUCGAAUUAGCUUCAUCAACGCCUGGCGCAUCGCCAGAAGAUAUCGACACCUAUCUUUUGAUGAACCUUGCACCGCUGCUCAUCUCUUUUGUCGAGCGCUUGAAACAGAAUCCAGCCAGCACUACAUCUUCCAUCUCUCUUAUGGCAGAAAUAAAGCGUGCUAGCCCAUCGAAAGGACCAAUUGCGAUGAAAAUCAACCCCGCCCAGCAAGCGCAGACCUAUGCUCGUGCUGGAGCAUCCGUCAUCUCCGUCCUUACUGAGCCAACCUGGUUCAAGGGCUCCCUCCUAGACAUGCGGCUAGUGCGCCAGGCGAUUGACUCUCUACCCAACCGACCCGCGGUACUUCGCAAGGACUUCAUCUUUGACCCUUACCAAAUCGCGGAGGCUAGGCUCUUUGGCGCAGAUACCAUUCUCCUCAUUGUUGCUAUGCUUCAGGCCGAUCAGCUGAAGAUUCUCUAUGACUACGCGUUGAAACUUGGCAUGGAGCCUCUGGUGGAGGUGAACAAUGCAAAGGAGAUGGAAGUUGCCUUGGGCCUGGGAGCGAAGGUCAUUGGCGUGAACAACCGGAAUCUUCAUGAUUUCCAGGUGGACAUGGGGACGACGAGCCGAUUAGUGGAGAUGGUUCGAGAAAAAGACGUCAUCCUGUGCGCUCUGAGCGGGAUUUCCAAUCCGCAAGACGUACAGACAUACAAAGACGAAGGCGUCCGUGCUGUGCUCAUCGGAGAAGCGUUGAUGAGAGCGGAGAAUAUCGGCGAAUUCAUCGCUGAACUUUUAGGGUGGUCAUGGUGA